UGCGUUUUACUUCCGCCUUGGUAAAACUGUGAGUAACAAUCAUUAGAAGCCUAWACUAUGUAYGCUGUACGAGAGCAAAAAGUAAUUGCCGAUGGUUUAGAAUAUACUAAACGAACUGAGAUCAUUGCAACAAAUGAAGGGUUCGUUGCGCUCGAAGCAACAACUUUAGCAGCACAGCAACAGCAGCAGCCAAGACCUGCAAUGCUUCCAGCAAUAACAGAUAGUCCUCCCGAGCCAAAACCCUGCUGUGACUAUGGCUGCUGUGAGUGUGAUGAUAACUUCAAAUGGUACAGCUUCGUUGGCAAAGGAGCUGGUAUUAUCCUUUUACUAAUCCUAUUGUACCUCAUUGGUAUCGUGGCCUUCGUUGCUUUCAUAGCUGUGAUUGCUGCUAUCUAUAUUGCUCUGGGUGCAAUAGCUUGUUUAUGCGGCAGUGAUGAUAACUAAUCGUCAAUAGCACUAAUUUUUUAGGAGUCCUUUCUACAAUGUAACACYGUUUCCUGUUCUUUACAUGGAAAAUGUUAAAGAUCCUCUUACACCCAGGAGCCUUUGCGAUCGUCUGUUUUAAAAGUUGACUUCGCUGUAGCUCAAUGUAAUACAGAUAAACGAUUGGUAUUCUGAAAUCCGUCACUGAUAACUUGAGUCUUCGGUGCUCUUGGUCAGUAUUAAAACAAAAUACUCUAUACAGCUAUAUAGCAGAAUGUAGAGCGAGUUUGUGAAGUAAGCAUCAAGGAGCCACCUGUAGUAUUUGCCACUAUAAACAMUACACAUGUAGUCUCUUUUUGGUACUUUUGCUCUGACCAGGGAGUGUUUAUGGUAUCAUGGAAUAA